CUUAUCGGUAUGCAGCUGCAGUGUUUGAUUCUGAGGUGAAGAGUCUACAAUGGGGACGCGCAGUGGUCAGACAGCGCUUUCGCUCGCUUUGAUUUUUCUUGUGCAGCUCCACGGCGGUUUCGGAUGGAGCUGGUCGGAUCAGCCGGUUUAUAACCCAGUGCUGUUUACCGCGCCGAGAGUGGUAUUUCAGGCGAAGCCCACCCCUCUCUCCGUGCAGAGAGCUGACCUGUCGCUGUUGAAUUCGGUCACCCUGGACUGCAGGAAAGACGCCAUGGUCGUGACGGUGAACCGGGACUUGUUUGGGAUCGGCUACCUGGUGAACAGCGCCGACUUGAGCGUCGGGUCCGCGGGCUGCUCUGCUGCCUCCUCCGACAGCGUCGCUAACACGGUUUUGUUCAGCAUCCAGCUCCAGGACUGCGGCAGCACUUUCCAGGUAUUCCCAGACUUCCUGAGCUACACAAACCAUCUCUAUUACAAGCCUGCCAGCAUUGGCAUCAUCACCAGGGUUAAUAUGGCUGAUAUUCUCCUCGAAUGCCGAUACCCGAGAAGGUGGAAUGUCAGCAGCAGCCCCAUAAAACCAACCUGGGUGCCCUUCACAUCAACAGCCUCUACAGAGCAAAUCCUGGACUUCUCCUUGCUGCUCAUGAAUGAUAACUGGAGUGGUCCCAGAGUCUCCAAUGUCAUCUACCUGGGUGACGGCCUUUCACAUCGAGGCUUCUGUUGCCGUCGACAACCAUGUGCCGCUGCGGCUGUACUUCGACAGCUGCAUCGCGACCCUGAGUGACCACAAGGACUCUGAGCCCAGAUAAGCAGUCGUGGACAAGCUUGGCUGCCUGAUGGAUAGCAAGUCUCAAGACUCCUCCUCUUCAUUCACUAGACCUGCUCUGAACAAGCUGCGCUUUGACAUUGCUGCUUUCAAGUUCCAGGGCAAUUCCAGGAGCAUGGUGGGUCUCUGAGGAUGGCUCCUCUGCAGUGUGUGGGUGCUGUGACUCCGGCUCCUGCUCUGGGACACCCUAGUUCCUCACAGGCCCUCUUCCUCCCAGGCAGGGAAGGAGCUACAGGAUUCCUGCAGAGAUCAACCAGCCCAACUGGAGCGGAAAAUGGUUGCAGGAGAGAGCGGCUCCUCUUGAUCCAGCUGGACAGGACCCUCGAGUGCAUGUAAAGGAGAUCACCAUUGCCCCCCUGACCGUGGUUCAUGUAGUCAGAGACCAUGCUGUCAUGCUCAGUAAGGAAUCCCUGUACCACCCCCUGCAGCUUGUGGAAGAAGUGCAGGGUGGAGUGUUUUUAAGGCAGCCAUACUUACUUAAAGGCACAUCUUCUCAAACCAGGAAGAGAAAUCCAGUGCUGUAGGAGACUAGCAAGAAGUGUUGCAGCCAAAUCCAGCCUGUUUUUAACCCUUGGAUUUUCUCUUCAUUUUAAUCGCCAAAUAUCUGGAGACCCUCAAGUUAUGUAGCCUAAAUACUACCCUAACUGUUCCCACAUGUUGCAAAGGGGGAUCAUUGGGAAUAUAAAUUAACGUGGUGUGAACACUGUCUGAUUUCCUAAUAGAGGACACACUAGAGGAAGAAUAACAAGGAAUACACCAGAAACCCCUGAACUGCAGAGUGUCUAUGUGGGUGAAUAAAGAAGCUGUCUGCCAGCAUGAACUGCCUUUCCUGUGUAACCAGCGCUGAAUCACUUUGUAACUGACUGUUUGACCCAUACUAAAAACACACACUGAUGGUCUAUCAGUUACAUGUCCCAAUUUUAUUUGUCCUAUUUAUAUUCUAAACACAUGUUAUAGAUAUGUAUAAAGAAUAGUCUUUAGCUUGUAUUUACAUUUUAUAUAAUUUAGAAAGGAAACACAUUUUGUAUCAACACAUGUUUCAUGUAAAUGUAUAUUCAUUGUAGGAAAGCUGUAGCUAACAAAAUAGUUCUAUACAUUUUCAAUAUUCACAAACGGUUUGAUAUAAAAGUGUCCCAGGUCUCUAUCAGCAGGAAAGUGAG